UACAUAAAUACUCCUCCUUUCUGGCUCCACUCGAAUCACAAUCGCAAUCUCCAGACUCAACUGAAUCUGAACACCACAGCCAUGACGUUACAGACCCAGCUUUUGAAGAAAGCCCUUGGAGAAGCUCACCCCAGCAGGCUUGCCCACUAUCUUCAAAAGCUUUCUUUCUCUGCGCUUUCUUCUUCAUCUGCUGCUUCUUCUUCUUCUUCUUCUGAAGCUCCCCUGGUCUUGCCGCCCUUCGACUACCAGCCAAAGUCAUACAAUGGCCCUCGGGCUGAGCAAGUUUGGGAGAAGAGGAAAAAGUUUCUGGGUCCUUCUCUUUUCCACUUUUAUCAGAAGCCUCUCAAUAUUGUUGAGGGGAGGAUGCAAUAUUUGUUUGAUGAGAAUGGAAAGCGGUAUCUUGAUGCAUUUGCUGGAAUAGUUACAGUAUCAUGUGGACAUUGUCAUCCUGAUAUUGUAAAUGCUGUCAUUGAACAAAGCAAGCUUCUUCAGCAUGCCACAACCAUAUACUUGCAUCAUGCAAUAGCUGAUUUUGCUGAGGCAUUAGCAUCAAAAAUGCCUGGAAACCUAAAGGUGGUGUAUUUUGUGAAUUCUGGGUCAGAGGCAAAUGAAUUAGCAAUGCUGAUGGCUCGUCUCUACUCUGGCAAUCUUGGGAUGAUUUCAUUAAGAAAUGCAUAUCAUGGGGGGAGUUCUAGUACAAUUGGAUUGACAGCUCUGAAAACAUGGAAGUACCCGAUUCCAGAGGGUGAAAUUCAUCAUGUUGUAAAUCCAGAUCCAUAUCGAGGAGUUUUUGGUUCUGAUGCCAAACUUUAUGCAAAAGAUGUUCAAGAUCACUUAGAUUAUGGUAGUUCAGGAAAUGUUGCUGGAUUUAUAGCUGAAACAAUUCAGGGAGUUGGAGGUGCAGUUGAACUGGUCCCUGGAUAUUUGAAAUUAGUGUAUGACAUAGUGCGGAAGGCAGGUGGUGUCUGCAUUGCUGAUGAAGUACAAACUGGGUUUGGUCGUACAGGAAGCAAUUAUUGGGGUUUUGAGACCCAGGGUGUCAUUCCUGAUAUAGUUACCAUGGCAAAGGGGAUAGGAAAUGGUUUACCUUUGGGAGCUGUGGUGACAACACCAGAGAUAGCAAGCGUACUAGCACAGAAAAUUCAGUUCAACACAUUUGGUGGAAACCCAGUUUGUUCUGCUGGAGGUCUGGCAGUGCUUAGAGUUCUUGAUAAGGAGAAGCGGCAAGCUCAUUGUAGUGAUGUUGGUUCUCACUUGCUUGGGCGUUUGAGAGCUCUACAGCAAAGACAUGAAAUCAUUGGAGAUGUAAGAGGCAGGGGCUUAAUGGUGGGGGUAGAACUUGUAACUGACAGAGCAGAGAAGACGCCUGCCAAGGACGAAACUCUUGUUGUGUUCGAGAAAAUGAGAGAGCAUGGAGUUCUUCUUGGAAAAGGUGGACUACAUGGGAAUGUUUUCAGAAUCAAGCCACCCAUGUGUUUUACCAAAGAUGAUGCAGAUUUUCUUGUGGAUGCUUUGGACUUUUCAAUGUCAAAGCUGUAAUAUCUACUCACUAUUGACUUUUGCGAAGAUUAUCUGCUUUGUAAAGUCAUUAACUCAAGCCCUGUAAAGGCUAAGAGUUUGAUGAAUCGCAAAAUUUGAGCUUGUAAAAUGUUUUAAGCUCAAUAAUGUUAAGCUAAUUAUUAAUAGCUUGUAAGGCUAGUUUAGUCAUUCUCUUUGUAAGGGUUAUUUUAGUCUUUUUCAUGUUAUGACUUUAGUAUAAAUAGUAUAUUUUUCUAUCAUUGUAUCAAUCCUAAUUUGCAAUAAAGAGCAGUCACUUUCUUCUCUUCAA